CAAGUGGUUUUAAUUUUAGAUUUGUUGUAAUAGGUAAAAUCUUUAGAGCUCAACAGGAUGACAUAAUCACAUAAUCUAACUUAAAUGAUUCCAUUGUAUUCAAGCCCUUAUCUGGGACAGCUGAAAUUUAGCCCUGAAGCAAUCAUACUGCUUGUAGAUGUUACUACACUUCGAGCUGAGUUAACCUGUGGCAAAUUCUAUUGAAUAGGUAUGAUUUGGAAAGGCACACACAAUAAAAGUUUUCCAAACAGUUGAAAAUGCAUAUUUAAUAGUUCUCCCUAUAGAAACUUGGGAUUUGUGCCUAUAAUGCUUUAAAAAUCAAUCAAGAUCAAUGUACCUCAUUCAUGGAAAGUUUCAGGGACAUAAAAUUGCUUAAAAACAUACAAUGAACAAAAUUCUGUAUAUAAAUGAUCUGCUUUACACUGUUACUGUUACAUACACUUUUAUGUUUUUCACACUUCUGUUACUGACAAAUGAACUGUUUUUACUUUAAUUUCAGAGUUGAUUGAGGAAAAUGAGAAUGAAUUGAGUGAAGUUGAGGAGAAAAAUCAUGUGAAAACUGGAGAAAAACCUUUGAGUAAACAGAAAGUUUUAAAGAAAAGAAGGGCCAUGAAAUCUUUCACCUGCACUCAGUGUGGAAAGAGUUUCACAUACAAAUGUGAUCUUAAGCUUCACAUGAGAGUUCAUACUGGAGAGAAACCGUUCACUUGUGAUCAGUGCGGGAAGAGUUUCACACAAUCAGCAAAACGUAAGAGACACAUGAACAUCCACACUAGAGAGAAACUGUACACAUGUGAUCAAUGCUCCAAAACAUUUUUGUGGGCUUCAAACCUGAAGAAUCACCUGAGAGUUCAUACAAAGGAGAAGCCAUAUUCAUGUCAUUUGUGUGGAAAGAGUUUUUCACAUCUUCAUAAUUUGAAAGAACAUCAGAAAAUACAUACUGGUGUGAGAGAUUACAUGUGCUUUGAGUGUGAAAAGACUUUUACUUCAGCGAGCUGUUUAAAACAGCACCAGAGGAUUCACACUGGAGAGAAACCUUACAAGUGUGAUCAGUGCGGGAAGAGUUUUGCACAAAAAGGACAGCUUAAGGUACACAUGUACAUCCACACUGGAGAAAAACCGUACAAGUGUUCACACUGUGACAAGAGCUUCAUUCAGUCAGGAGCUCUGAAAAUACAUGAGAGGAUCCACACUGGAGAGAAACCGUAUUACUGCACUGCAUGUGAUAAGUGUUUCACUCAUUCAUCUGCUCUACACAGACAUACAAAAAACUAUCACAGCUAGUAGAUCAUCUUCAGAUCCAGCACUUUCAGGUCUAAUGCUGUGUCCUUGCCAAAUGUGACACAAUAAUGCAUCAAACAACAAAAUAUCAUCUGGAUAAAUCUGUCAUUACAAGUGACAUGACAAAGAAACAUUAUCUAAAGUUUUCACAGCAAAUAAAGUUCAUCUUCAUCUUCAAAACCAGCAGAUUCAACUGUGAGAUUCAGAUCAACUCAAAGAUGGAG